UGACCUCCAGAAAUGCACACAUUCCUGGGACACCUUGCUGCAUGUGGAAAAUCUGCUAAUACCUUUACUAACAGUUUUCUGUCUUGCAGGUACCUCAAAGAAGCCAUUCUAUACCAUGGUUGUUUUGAGACAGGGGGAUUAUGUGUGGUUGGAGUCAGAUUCUGGAGGAAUGGUGAUAGGAGCAGAAGUCAAGCUUUCUGACACAGGGCAGAUUCUUUUGCUGGAUGAUGAAGGGAAAGAACACUGGAUCAGCAGGAAAAAACAGGACUCAAUACGGCCAAUGCAUCCAACCUCAGUCGGUGGAGUGGAUGAUAUGAUACGACUUGGGGAUUUAAAUGAAGCUGGGAUUCUGAGAAAUCUCAUGAUUCGUUACAAAGAUAGCUUUAUUUAUACAUAUACAGGCUCAAUCCUGGUAGCAGUAAAUCCUUACCAGUUGCUGCCCUUAUACACAGCAGAGCAAGUCCGCUUGUAUACCAACAAGCGUUUGGGAGAGCUGCCUCCUCAUGUGUUUGCCAUAGCAGACGGCUGUUAUUUUAACAUGCGCCGUCAUCGCAGAGACCAGUGCUGUAUCAUCAGUGGAGAAUCUGGAGCUGGAAAGACAGAAAGUACGAAGUUAAUCCUUCAGUUUUUGGCAGCUGUAAGUGGUCAGCAUUCUUGGAUUGAGCAACAGAUACUGGAGGCAAAUCCCAUCCUGGAAGCCUUUGGAAAUGCAAAGACAAUCCGCAAUGACAACUCUAGUCGUUUUGGGAAAUAUAUUGACAUCUAUUUCAAUAAGAAUGGAACCAUUGAAGGAGCACGGAUAGAACAGUAUCUGCUUGAGAAAUCACGUGUUUGUCGGCAGGCUGCAGAGGAGAGAAAUUAUCACAUCUUCUAUUGCAUGCUGAUGGGAAUGAAUGCAGAGGAAAAGAAAAUCCUUUCAUUGAGAACUGCAGCAGAAUACAAUUUUCUCACAAUGGGAAACUGCACAAGUUGUGAGGGGCGAGAUGAUACCAAGGAAUAUGUCCAUAUCUGUUCUGCUAUGAAGAUUCUUAUGUUUUCUGAUAAUGAAAAGUGGGAGAUCCUGAAACUCCUGGCUGCUAUGCUACAUCUAGGCAACCUUGACUUUGAAGCCACUGUCAAGAACAAUCUAGAUAGCUGUGAUGUCAUAUCUUCUACGCAUCUGACCAUGGCUUCAAAGUUACUGGAGGUGGAUCCCAAAGAACUGGAAGAUGGCUUGAUUCACCGCUCCAUUGCUACUCGUGAAGGAACUGUUUCCACCCCUCUUAGCCUGAAGCAGGCAAUGGACAGUCGAGAUGCAUUUGCUAAGGGAAUUUAUGGUCGUAUGUUUGUGUGGAUUGUGGACAAAAUCAACAAUGCCAUUUAUAAACCUCCCUCCAAUAACCCAAGAAAUAUACGACGUUCCAUUGGAUUGCUGGACAUCUUUGGUUUUGAAAAUUUCAAAACUAACAGUUUUGAGCAGUUGUGUAUAAAUUUUGCCAAUGAGCAGCUGCAGCAGUUCUUUGUUAAGCACGUUUUUAAGCUGGAGCAGGAGGAGUAUGCUCGGGAAAACAUUGGAUGGCAGCACAUUGACUUCAGUGACAAUCAGAGGGCUUUGGAUGUCCUGGCCUGCAAGAGACUCAACAUAAUAGCUCUCAUUGAAGAGGAGAGUCACUUUCCCAAGGGCACAGAUGCCACUAUGCUCAAUAAGAUGAACCAAGUGCACAGUAAAACCAAUAUAUACCUACCUCCUAAGAGCACCCAUGAUACACAGUUUGGAAUCAGGCAUUUUGCUGGAGUUGUCUACUAUGAUGCCAAAGGGUUUUUGCAGAAGAAUCGGGACACACUAAAUUCUGACAUAAUCAAGCUUGUGGAACGCUCAUCUAAUAAGUUCCUUAAGAAGAUUUUUCAAGGAGACAUGGAAACAAUACCAAGCAUCACUUCUAAUGCAAGAGUCAUCACAGCCAAUGGCUCACUAAAGAUUAAUGAGAACCGGAAGAGGUCACCAACUUUGAGUGUUCAGUUUCGCCAAUCACUGGAUUCUCUCAUGAAGACCCUAACUGUCUGCCAGCCAUAUUUCAUUCGUUGCAUUAAACCCAAUGAUUUCAAAAAGCCUCUGAUCUUUGACCGGGAUCUUUGUCUUCGGCAGCUGCGUUACUCUGGUAUGAUGGAAACAAUCCGCAUUCGUAAGGCUGGCUAUCCAAUCCGCUACACAUUUGAGGAAUUCCUGGACCGGUAUCGUGUGCUUCUUCCUAGUGCUGUUUGUGAUCCCAAACUGAUAAAAGAAGAUCCAGAGCAGUGCUGCGGUUUCAUUUCUGAAGCCAUCAUUGGUCAAGAAGGAGACUGGAAAAUAGGAAAAACAAAGAUAUUUCUUAAGGAUUACCAUGACAUGGUGCUGGAAGUUGCAAGGGACAAAGCUCUUAAUGAAAAAGCUAUACUUAUUCAGCGAGUUCUUCGAGGCUACAAACACAGGAAGACAUUUGUAAAACAGAGGAAGGCUGCAGUUGUGCUGCAGAGUGCCUGGAGGGCGUACAAAUGUAGAAAGUUGUAUCGUGUGGUCCAGCUUGGUUUUGCCAGGUUGCAGGCCCAGUGUCGCAGUCGACAGCUCUUCCACCGGUACCAGAAAACCCGUGCUAUGGUUGUCUUACUGCAAGCACGUUGCAGAGGUUAUCUACUCCGGCAAGAAAAACGCAAGAAGCUGGAGGCUGUGCACAUACUACAAGCUUACACUCGAGGCAUGCUGGGUAGAAGGGCAGCAGCCAUUUUGCGGAACGAGAAAGAUUUAUCUGCUCAGGAGCAGCGGGCUCAGGAGCUUGAGCGGCUGCGUCAAAAGGAAGCUGCAAUGAGGAAUAGGGUUGCCAGCUCUCCCUCAGAAUCCAUGAGUGACCAGGAAAUGGUGGACAACAUUUUCGGCUUUCUUCCCAGCAUGGUGGGGGGUCAGGAAGGACAAGCUCCUCUUGGGUUUGAGGAUUUGGAAGGAAGUAAAUCUGUACUAGAGGAGGUAGACUUGGAUGAAAUCCCCAUAAUAAUGGCGCAAGAAGAAGAAGAAGAGGAGUAUGAUGACCUGGAAAAAUAUUCAUUUACUAAGUUUGCAAUAAUGUACUUUCAAGGAUCUGCAACAGACACUUACAUCAGAAGGAGACUGCGCCACCCUCUCCUUUAUCACGAAGAUGAAGGCGACAUUGUGGCCUCAUUAGCUGUUUGGUGGAUUAUUUUGCGCUUCAUGGGGGACAUACCAGAGCCUCGCCUUAACACCCGUGGUCAGGAAGAGACAGAAGAAACAGAGAUUGAGCAAAAUCUGGGCCGGCGACAAGGACGAAGGCUUAGCAACUUGGCAGGUCUCGAACAGAAACUACUGAAAAGGAAGAAACCCAACAAAGCAGGUGGAGGAGGAACCCACAAGCGAUUGUCCAAAGUGGUUGAAGAGGAGCCUAAACCUCGUUCUCGUGACAGUGAGAAUGUAUUCACCGGUGAGGGUCCAAUGUUAGACAAGCCAAUGACACCACUGGAAAAGCUCCAUUUCAUUGUUGGAAAUUCCAUUCGUCGGCCCAAUAUCAGAGAUGAAAUCUACUGUCAGAUCUGUAAACAGCUAUCAGACAAUGGAAGUCGGACUAGUUACAUUAAGGGCUGGAUCCUUUUGUCCAUCUGCCUUGGUAUCUUUCCUCCGUCUGAACGGUUUAAAAAGUAUCUUCUAAACUUUAUUCGGAAUGGACCCAUUGGGUACUCAGCUUACUGUGUAGAUCGGCUGCGACGCACUUUAUCCAAUGGAGUGCGUGGUGAGCCACCUAGCUGGUUGGAGCUGCAGGCUACUAAGACAAAAAAACCCAUUGUAGUUUCAGUGACAUUAAUGGAUGGUCACAGUCUCAGUGUGCUACUUGAUUCUGCAUCUACUGCUGAAGAGAUCUGCCGUUAUAUUGCUCAGAAGAUUGGACUGAAGGACAUAUUUGGAUUUUCCAUCUAUAUUGCCCUCUAUGAAAAGGUGUGGUCACUAGGUGGAGGAAAGGAACACUUGCUAGACUCCAUUUCCCAGUGUGAGCAAGUAGUGAAAGGGCAAGGUGGAAAAGAGCAGCAUGCUCCAUGGCGAUUAUAUUUCCGAAAAGAAGUCUUCUCUCCAUGGCACAACUGUAGUGAAGACCCCGUCAGCACUGACCUCAUCUAUAAGCAGAUAAUUCGAGGUCUGAAGUUUGGAGAGUAUCACUGUGACAAGGAACAUGAUCUUAUCCAGCUCACCGUGCAGCACUAUUACAUUCAAUUCAACUUACAGCUUAGUGGAGAGAACUCAAGAAAAGUGGUGCAAGACUGCAUUACCUACUCGCUGCUUGAAGAGAAAUCUGAAUCCAAAUGGGUACAGCUCAUCAAUGGUUCCUGUGCCACAACCUCCUAUUUGCAAAGAAGGCCUCAUCAAAAUAUUGUAAAAGGGGAAGUGGUGGACUUUGCUCGAUUCAAGUGGCCCUUGCUUUUCUCCAGGUUCUUUGAAGUCACUAAAUUUUCAGGACCCAGUUUAGCAAGAAACCAGUUCAUUGUUGCUGUCAACUGGAGUGGAAUAUCCUUUCUAGAUGAAAAGGAAAAAAAGCUUUUAGACUUGUCUUACCCUGAAGUUGUUGCGAUCAACACCAGCAGGGCUGAUAAAACAUUUGGGCAAACUAUCUCAAUGAGCACUCUGCGAGGAGAAGAGUUUGUUCUUACUUCAGCCAAUGCGGCUGACAUCUCAGAGCUGGUGGUCAUGUUCCUGGAGGGACUGAAAAAGAGGUCUGAAUAUGCUGUUGCUCUGCAGGAAUCGGGCAAACAGGUGGACAGCACCUUCUUAAACUACAAGAAAGGAGACCUCAUUGUGGUGCUGAAGGAUGAAAAUUUUGCCUCUGACCGUGGCUGGAUUAAAGGUCAGAAUGAGCGCACUGGUCAGUCUGGAGCUGUCGCCUAUGAUGCCAUCUUCAUCCUUCCUACUCUAACUCGGCCCUCAAAUGAAGUUCUGACUUUGCUGUCACUGACUCCGGAACAGAGGAAGAGCAUAGUGCAGAGCACACAAAAGGAUGUGGUCACUUCAGAGCCAAGAGUUGCACCCUAUUCUCUAAAAGAGUUCUCCUAUGAGCAUUUCAGAUCAAAUGCUAAAGACAAUCUAAACAAAGCACUUCUCAACAAGGGGAUUACAAAAGAAAGGCUGUGGGUGAGCUCAAGGGAGCCCAUCAAACAGCCACUCCUGAAAAAACUAGUUGGAGAUGCAGAAUUAAGUCAUCAGGCCUGCCUCACUUUUAUUGCGAUCCUGAAAUAUAUGGGGGAUUAUCCAACUAAGCAGGUCCGGUCCCCAAUGGAAUUGACAGAUCAAAUAUUUGAACCAGCCAUGCAGGCAGAAGCCCUAAGGGAUGAAGUCUACUGCCAAAUAAUGAAACAGUUGACCUCAAACCACAACAGGUACAGCCUUGAGUCUGGCUGGCAGCUGAUGUGGCUCUGCUGUGGCCUGUUCCCUCCAAGCUCUGUUCUGCUGAAACCUACUCAGCGCUUUCUAGAGUCUCGCCGAAGAGAGCCCUUGGCCAAUGACUGCCUCCAGCGUAUACAGAUGGUGCUCAGGAUGGGACCCAGGAAGUUCCCACCUCACAAGGUGGAAGUGGAUGGAAUCCAACAGACAAGCACACAGAUUUUUCACAAAGUGCAUUUUCCAAAUGACACUGAAGAGAUUUUUGAAGUGGCUUCAAGCACCAGGAUUCGUGACCUGUGCCAGACCAUUGCAAUGAAACUAAAACUAACGUCCGCUGAAGGAUUCAGUCUGUUUUUAAAAACUCCAGACAAGGUGCUCAGCUUGAAUGAAGGAGACUUCUUCUUUGACAGUCUAAGGCAAAUCAUAGACUGGACCAAAAAGCUGAAAAAAGUCAAAGAAGCAGUCCAGAUGAAUGUGCCUUACACGGUGUACUUUAUGCGAAAACUGUGGUUCAAUGUGGCUCCUGGAAGGGACAUUCAAGCAGACACCAUCUUUCAUUAUCCACAGGAGCUGCCAAAAUACCUGCGUGGUUACCACAAGUGUACCAAGGAGGAUGCCAUUUCUCUGGCUGGACUUAUUUUAAAAGUGAAGUUCAACAAUGACAAAUCAAUCUUUCCAAUGAUACCAAAGAUACUGAAGGACCUAGUGCCUUCAGACAUGAUCAAGCUAAUGUCUCCUGAGGAGUGGAAGAAGAACAUUAUUGCUUCCUUUAACAAGCACAGUGGGAAAAGUGCAGAUGACGCCAAGCUUGCCUUUCUGAAAAUCAUUUUCCAUUGGCCUACCUUUGGAUGUGCUUUCUUUGAGGUGAAGCAAACAUCAGAACCCAACUAUCCAGAUAUAAUAAUGAUUGCCAUCAGCAAGCAAGGAGUAACUCUUAUUCACCCCAAGACUAAGGAUAUAUUAGCGACCUACCUUUUCAACAAAAUUGAGAACUGGUCCAGUGGGGGCACCUAUUUCCAUAUGACCAUUGACAGCUUUGUGAAGGGGAACAGGAUACUCUGUGAAACCUCUCUGGGUUACAAGAUGGACGAUCUCUUGACCUCAUACGUCAACCUCUACAUGAGUGCCUUUAAUAAACAGAGGAACUUGGAGCUCCCAAACAGAAGGUGCAGGCUGGAGAAAUAAGUAGCAGAUGUGCAUUUUCAAAACUCUCAGAUACAAAUGAGUGUGGAAAAGGGGCAGGGGGUGGGAGUUAGGCCCAGGAUCAGUUUAAAUCACUGUGCUGGGAAAAGGCAAUGCCUUUUUUAUGUGUUCUUUUGCCAAAUGUCAAUAGUUUUACUUCCCACACCUCCACAUACAAGCAGGAAACGUGUGCAAAAAUACAGCAAGUAAGAUGGGAUGGGUAAAUAACUUAGUUAUGAGUACUAUAAAUGCAAACUUGGCCUACAAGAGGCAUAAUGCAGACUCAUACAUUGGGGUCACAUCCAUGGGGUUUUGGAUACAAACUUAAAGUCCUUCCUGGAGGAAAUGCUACUCACAGAUGAGUACAAGCACCUGAAAACCAGUCUAACACAGUGUAACACCACAUAGCAUACACUGACAUGCCUGUAGGGUUUUUCUUAAACUGAGCCCUCAGAUUAAAAAUUUUAGAAGUCUUUAUUUCUUAAAAGAAGCAGAUGAUGAUGAUUUAUUUUAGUUGCAUUUUAUAUGCAUUGUUAACACAUCCCCACAUAUCCAUCCAUGCAGAGUCAUACACACAAUAUUGCAUACAACAUACAUGUACUCAUUCUUUAAUGGCAUCUACUCUAGACACACAUGUUUGCAUUAACAAGCACACACUAUUACAUUCCUAACUCUGUCUUGUACACGAUUAAACAAACACACAGGCUCUAAUGUACUGUGCACACAUGCAAAUGGUAGCCCUUCAUCAUGCUAUUGUUUUUUUCAUAAAAACACAAAAAAUGUUCCAUCUAACAUAAACACAAUGUUUACAUACAAAAGAGCGCUUCAGGUUUGUGUCCCAUCUAAUAUUACAGUAUAUAGUGCCUUGACCACUUAGCUUUUAAUGGAGUAUUUAAUGGUGCAGACAUGAAAUCAAUUUAUCUUUACCACUGGGGAUGCGGUGGGUUCUAGAAAUGGAAGUUAAAAGUAAUUUUUCAGACUUGAUGGUUUAUAUAUAUUAUCUUUAAAAAUGUUUCUGCAUUAAACAAGUGCUUAAAUAAAUGCUGCAUCCUCUUGGUUUAUUACAGAAGGAAUUGAGGUGUGACAAGAGGCAACUUGCUAAUUGCUAGAAGAUUGGGGGGGUUAGGAUGCCAGUUCGACAGGAAUAAUUCACACAGUCGAAUUACAGUGGAUCAGACUGUACUGCUGGCAACCAUGGAUGGGAUGUGGUAUAGUGAACAAGGAGGAUUCUGGGCUGCUGUUCAACAUUUAGAGGAUUCACAUCAACAGCUGCUUACAGCUGUACAUCUCAGAGGCAGACCCACAUUCCUGGGUGGAGUUAGUGAUACUCUUUAUUUUAAAAAUCAAACAGUAAUAUCUUUGGGCCUCUUCUGCAAGGUGGUGCUUGGUGUUUUAACUUGUUGGUAUGCACCGUGUUAAGUGUGGUUAGUUAAGAUGCAUUAUUUUCAGGUAUAUUAAUAUUUUAUUCAUACAUUCUAAUGGCCACCUUUAAUACGAGUACAAUCCAUAACCCAGGCCUCUACCAGCAUGCUAACAAAUAUUGAAAUAUAUAUGGCUUGGUGAAUGUGGGAAAAACAUAAUUUCCAAUACAGAUAGAAGUGCAGUAUGGGAAUGGAAUGGCCACCUGUAAGUGAUGUGGACUCAGGUAAUGCUACAGCAUGACCACUAAGCAUAGAGUAGUAGAAAGACAAAGUGAAAUAAAAAAAUCCAUAGAUGGUAUUCUAUCCUUCUGAACAGAGAGGCAGACAUGAGGCCUAAAAAGAAAGAGGCAUAGAAAGGCGGUGAAUUUGUCACAUUAUCUGCUUUAACACAAAGCCCACUCAUUCAUGCUCACUUAGUAGAAAUGAUAAAAAUAUGACUCCUCUGCCAACUUCCACAGAGAGCACCAAGGCAACAACCAUUAGAGCAUUGCCCACAAACAGUUGUUGA